CCACCUUAAACGUCAAUUAAUCAUCUAAAUCAGGUUGUUGUAUUUAGCCUCAGCGUUGAUUCAAUAUCUAAGGAUGUGUCAGUAAAAAACACAGUAAUCUUCACAAGCAGGAUUCUGCAGCUUCUUACAGAUUCUAUAGGAAUAUAAACACCACUCAUUUUAUAAGUAAGGAAUACACCUCACCCAGUACUACACUACUUCUACUACUUCUACUACAGUUAAUACUACUACAAAUACUACUAAUUAUACUUCCAAUACUACAACUAAUAAAGUAUCAUUACAUCUUAAAUGAUAAAUUGUUAUAAAAGUAUUGUAUAAGAUAAUAAUUUAAUGUUGGACCCUCAUUCCUUCCACUGUCAAAGUAAUGUGCAGCUGCUGUAACAUUGCAAAUCUCUCUUGCGGGACUAAUAAAUGACUUCUUAAUCUUAAUCUUAAUCUUUAGAAAUAAACUACAAGUCCCUCUAAAAUGAAUAAUAGUUAUAUUAAACAGACUGGAGCAAAGUUCAGUGAAAGUUUAUAAAUGACAAAUUUAACCAUUUCGCUUUUCUUCAGACUUUACUGGAUCUUUUAAAUGUCAUGUAAACAUGUUCUUAUGUUUCUUAAGAUCUGCAUUUCUUGAAUGAAAGGGGUUAUACAAAUAAAGUUAUAUUAUUAUUAUUAUUAUUAUUAUUAUUAUUAUUAGUAGUAGUAGUAUUUUUAACAGGGUCUUUCAGAGUAAAGGUGUGUUUAGGAGUCUAAGUGGAGAAAACAGCUGAUGGGACGUGGGUCCACCCCUGAGGAAGCUGACAGAAGGAGGAAGGGGAAGUUGACAGACAGACAGACCGACAGACAGACCGACAGACAGAGGGGGUUUCUCCGCGGAGCAGCUGUGCGUCCUCGGGAGAACAAGCUGCAGCUCAGAGGGACGAGCCACCGGAGCUGAGUCCAUCAUGCACACGUUAGAACCAGGGACAAAGUUUCCGGGCCACACGCUGCACUGACCCGCCUGGUCCCCCCCCCCCCCCUGUCCCGGACAACAUGGAGCUCUGGAGGCAGUGCGCGGUCUGGCUGAUCGGCUGCAACGUGCUGCCUGUGAAUCACCGGGUGACCGCGGACACGGCGCAGGUGUUCGACCUGGCGCAGAUCCUGCGGGACGGGGUGCUGCUGUGCCAGCUGCUGAACAACCUGAGACCCCUCACCAUCAACCUGAAGGAGAUCAACCUCAGGCCGCAGAUGUCACAGUUCCUGUGCUUGAAGAACAUCCGCACGUUCCUGACGUCGUGCUGCGACGUGUUCGGGAUGAAGAAAAGCGAUUUAUUUGAAGCCUUCGAUCUCUUCGACGUUCGAGACUUCGGAAAGGUCAUGGACACGCUGUCUCUGCUCUCGUACACAACAGUUGCAAAACAAGCAGGAUUCAAGCCCUUCCCGAUGGAGGACAGCCUGAAAGACGAGGACAUUUACAAUAAUCUGGAGGACUUGAUUGAUGAGAACGCCCUUGAGGACGAGGACGACUUGUACGCGGUGGUCUACGGGCUGGAGGAGGACCACGCAGGUGGAGAGAUCUAUGAAGAUCUCAUGAGGGCUGAGCAGCAUCCCCCACUGAAGCAGGCGGAGGUGGACGUGCGGAUCUGCUGCCUGACGGAGAUCAAACAGACGGAGGAGAAGUACACGGAGACGCUGGAGUCCAUCGAGAAGUAUUUCCUGAAUCCACUGACAAAGUUCUUCUCGGCGGCUGAAAUCGACAAAGUCUUUCUGAACAUUCCUGACCUGGUGAAAGUUCACAAGAGCCUGAUGGUCGACGUGCAGGAAUCCAUCCUGAACAAAAACGCCUUAAAUCUCUACCAGAUUUUCCUCAGCUACAAAGAGAGGCUGCUCAUUUAUGGCAUCUACUGUAGUCGGGUGGAGAUCGCCAUCGCUGUGUUAGACCUCAUCUGCAAAGAGAAGGAGGACGUUCGGCUGAAGCUGGAGGAAUGCUCCAAAAGGGCCAACAAUGGGAAGUUUACCCUGAGGGACCUGCUGGUGGUUCCGAUGCAGCGAGUCCUGAAGUAUCAUCUGCUUCUUCAGGAGUUAGUCAAGCACACCCACGAUGCGGCAGACAAGAGUAACCUGAAGAUCGCUCUCGACGCCAUGAAAGACCUGGCUCAGUAUGUCAAUGAGGUGAAGAGGGAUAAUGAGACGCUCAGGGAGAUCGACCAGUACCAGAGGUCCAUCGAAAACUUGAAUCAGCCUCUCAUCAGCUUUGGUCGGCCCAAAGGAGACGGAGAGGUGCGCAUGAUCUCCAAUGUUGACAAGAGGAAACAAGACAGACACAUCUUUCUAUUCGACGUGGCCGUCAUCGUUUGCAAGAGACGAGGAGACAACUACGAGAUGAAGGACGUGCUCGACCUCAACUACUUCAAGAUCACCGACAACCCCACGUCUGACAAGGAGGGGAAGAAGUGGUGCUACGGGUUCUACGUGACUCACCAGCAGGGCUACACAGGCUUUGAGCUCUUCUUCAAGACCAGAGAGCUGAAGAAGAAGUGGCUGGAUCAGUUUGAAAUGGCCAUAUCAAAUAUCCGACCAGAGAAAGCCAACCACAACUCCCACCAGUUCAAGAUGCACACGUUUGAGAGGAUCACGUCCUGCUGCUUCUGUCACCUCCUGCUCAGGGGCAUCUUUAACCAGGGCUAUCUCUGCAUCAAAUGUGGUCUGGGGGCUCAUAAGGAGUGUCUGGGUCGACUGGACGUGUGCGGGAGAACAGAUUUGGCGAAGCAGAAACCCAAGGAGAACUCAGCACCAGCAGACCCAGGUUUACCCAGGAUGGUUGUGAUCAGAGACUAUGGUGGCAUCCCUUAUCCCCAGUACGGGCCCCCACUAAGCAUUCAUGUGGGGGAUGUCAUUGAAGUGAUGUUUGCAGACCUGCACAGCUCCUGGUGGCAGGGCAAAAUCCUGGCGACGAGCAAGAUUGGCUUCUUUCCAAGCGACGCGGUGAGGCCCUGCCCGUGUGUUCCGAAACCUGUCGAUUACUCCGCCCAGCUCUGGUUUGCAGGGCCCAUGGAGAGAUACCAGGCGGAGGUGGAGCUCCUGGACAGAGGGAACGGCACCUAUCUGGUUCGACACCGGAGCAAAGAAGGCACCGAGUACGCCAUCAGUGUAAAGUUCAACGAUAAAAUCAAGCACAUUAAGAUUCUGACCAAGGACGGCUGCUUCUACAUCGCUGAGACUCGGCUGUUCAAGACUGUGCUGGACUUAGUGGAGCACUACAAGCAGCGCUCCCUGAAGGAGGGCUUCAGCAGUCUCGACACCACUCUACAGGUCCCCUAUAGGGAACUUACCAAUGGAAUCAUGCCCAUGGCCGUUACCAAAGCUGACAGUGUGUUCUCCCCCAGGGUGGUGGGUAUUGCAGUGGCCCGCUACGACUUCUGCUCCAGAGACACGCGGGAGCUCUCACUGCUGCAGGGAGACAUUAUCAAGAUCUACACCAAGAUGACCAGUGGGUGGUGGAAGGGAGAGCUGGGCGGCAAGGUGGGCUGGUUCCCCUCCACCUACGUGGAAGAAGAGGACUGACUUCGGAGUGACAUUUCUUCUGUGUCCGUUCAAAGCUGACCGCCCCCGCCAGGCGCCAAGAUGCUCGUCCACUCUCUCUGUGCCCUGCAAGUCAGAUCUCUUUGAUAAAAGCCCAGAGACUCGGACUUGAGAGGAAGCGGCGGUGCCCUAGAAAACGCUUCCUCCUGCCCUCUGACAGACUCUCACACAGAGCAGAUGUCAAAUCACAGAUUCCGGGAGCGUCACUCCGUGUCUCGCCUCUCCGUGGUGCUGUCUGCCCCCGUGGUCCACCGGGAAGUGCAUGUGCUGUACACAGAUCCCCCCCCCGUCUCCCCAUCCAUUCACCUUGUCUUAUUAUUGAUGACUCCAUCGGCUGGUGUGAGACCUGCCCUCACUGUCAUCAUGUUUCGAUACCAGAAAGGCUCAGUCGCCCAAGUGGAACACGGAUCCUGCUGACAAGGCGCCGCCCAGGUUCUCCUCCAGAUUGAGAAGCAGGAGCUGAAGAGCGUUGGCUGCUGUUGGAACUCUACAGCCAACGCCGGCUCGACUUUCUAUCAAAGACUAAUUUUAUUUUUAACGUUUGAAAUCACUGGACCGACAUAAUCUUAUUUAAAUGGGAUCGCUGGAACGUGAUUUGACCCAGAGGAUGGAGAGAUCUCAGCCCCACAGCACGAAGGAUUGUCCUUUAAACGUGCUUUUCUCAGUGACUGUUAUUCUUGUGGAGUUCGAAAAAAUGUCAAUCCCAUCAUGAGGGGAAAACUUGUCCAGAAGCAAAGUAGCUUUUGUCCCUUUUCUGUUGUACAGUAUUUUUCUAGAUUUACAGCAGUAGUUUGACACAUUAGAAAAUGCACUAAAAGGGUACAAGGUGCCGGUUUUGUUUCAUUUGCGGAUAAUCAGGAGAGACAUGUUAAUGCUAAGCUAGCCAAUCUCUGACUGUAGCCCCAUUCCUAGACUGUAAAUAAAGAUGGACGAUGCAUCUUCACUUGCUCCUACUAUCCAGAAAUGAAGCCAAAAUACCCUGGACAAGGAGGCUGCCAUCUUGCACCACCAAUGUAAUUUGGAGCCAGAGUCUGCAGCAACGUGAUCAGGAGAUCUCAGCUGUCAAUCAUGAGGUUUCUCUCGGCUUUUAGCGUCAAAUGACUAAUUAGAACCAAACUUAAUUACGUAUGUUUAAACUUUUGACAUUCCCUCCCACCUCACAUGGAGGCAGGGUUUAUUCCCUCUACAGCAGCCAGCAACUAGGGGGCGAUCAAGACUCUUUGGCUUUAUAGACAAUGUAUUUUUCCUACCUGGACCGACAUGUGGAAUCUAUCUUGUCCUCUAAAGCGAGUAAAACAUAAAAAUAUUCCAAAUUCCAAAUGGCCUCACACGAGUAAAUGAAUAUGUUGAAUUGUGAAAAGAAGGACAGAUGAUGUUUGCAGAUGCUCACAUCUAUAGCAGUAAAGGUUCUUCUGCUUGGCUUCAGACGUGCGGCGUCAUCAAAUGUCAUCAGUUUAAAGAGCCUGUGUGAGCUGGACUGUGGAAGCUGCAGGUCAUUCACUGUGGAAACCAGAGAGCCCUUCUACACCCCACAGAUUGUGUUCUUCUUUUUGUUUCAGAGUGAAUGAUUCAAGGGUGAUGUAACAGCUGCUCACUGUAGUGCAAGGUAGCACAAGGGCGUUCCCCCCCUCCUGCAUUAACACCCCACUAAUCCCGUGUGUGACAUCAGCAUUUAAUAAAAGGAUCCUCUUUGAA